AUGUACCAAUCUAGAAGUAUAACAACUGUUUACAUGUCCUUUAAAUUUAUUUUUAACACCUAUAACGGAGAGAAACCAGACCGGAGUGCAAUAACCACAGUGGAACGCACUGUGGAACGCAUGGCUAUGAAAACUGCCGAAACCGGAAGUGACGUAUCGGCCGAGAAAGAGGAAACAGAGACCAGAAUGAGGCUUGGAACGCAGGGUAUCUCCGUUACCAUGGAGAAUACCCGCGAAAAUCCAAGCAUUAACAGCUGUUUCUACAAACGAAGAAGGGUAUUUAAAGCAGGAGAAGAGGUCCAGGAGAAUAUCACAGAAUUUAACCAGCUGAAGAAGCCACCUGGCGAAACGCGUUCUGGAAAGCGAAGUGAGCACUGA